GCAAUCCAAGCUAUGAGGACGAGCACACUACUUUUGAGCCUUGGCCUUUUGGUCCUGUGCUUCUCGAGGUACAGUUUUGCCGAAGACGAUCCCACCGAUGGAAGCACCACGCCUACUGAUGGAAGCACCACGCCCACUGAUGGAAGCACCACGCCCACCGAUGGAAGCACCACGCCCACUGACGGAAGCACCACUCCCACUGACGGAAGCACCACGCCCACUGACGGAAGCACCACGCCCACUGAUGGAAGCACCACGCCCACUGACGGAAGCACUACGCCCACCGAUGGAAGCACCUCCCCCAGCACAUCUCCUUCAGCAAGCGAUGGCACCAGUCCUUCAGCAGGAUCCCCCGACAGCCCCGACAGCACCCCCUCCGACAGCAACAGCAGCAACAACAACAGCAACACCAAGCGCAACAACCGCCGGAGGCGCCAGCGCCAGCGGGCUCAGCGACGACGUCGUGCUCAGCGCAGGAGGAACCGCCGCAACAACAGGAAUAACCGAGUUGGCUAA